GUGGAGGUCGGUGGAGGGAUUGGCAGAGAGGGGCGGAGGACACUGAGUGGAGGUCGGUGGAGGGAUUGGCAGAGAGGGGCGGAGGACACUGAGUGGAGGCCGGGAGGGAUUGGCAGAGAGGGGGCGGAGGACACUGAGUGGAGGUGGUGGAGGGAUUGGCAGAGAGGGGCGGAGGACACUGAGUGGAGGUCGGUGGAGGGAUUUGCAGAGGGGGUGGAG